GUCUACUCCGCCUCGUCACUGUAUCCUACGAUCUCUAAAUUAAUACACCACCUCAAUCCCGCCUCACAGAAUGAAGUCUUUCAUCGUCGCCGGCCUUUUGGCCACUGCCACUGCCUACCCCCAGGCCUCCUCCGACUCCGAAUGUGCCUCUUCUGCUGAUCAGAAAUUCACCAUCACCACCGUCAAUGCUACCGAAACGUCUGCCAGGCGUAGCAUUGUCAGGCGCCAGCUCAAUGGCCCUCUCACCAUGACCCUCAAGGACGGCAAGUUGACCGACCAGGCCGGCCGCACUGGGUACAUUGCUUCCAACUACCAAUUCCAAUUCGACGCCCCGGUCCAGGCAGAUGCCGUCGAAUCAGAAGGCUUUGGUCUUUGCAGCAAUGGUUCCUUAUCGCUAAAGGGUUCCACCAUGUUCUACUCGUGCUUGUCUGGUACAUUCUACAACCUCUACAGCCAGUCGAUUGGUGGCCAGUGCAUUCCCAUCCACAUGCAGGCUAUCAUGACUGAUGAUACGCCUAGCGUUACUCAGAUCUCCGACGGCCAGCCCCAGGCUAGCGAGCCCGCUGUCACCCAGAUUUCUGAUGGCCAGCCCCAGGCUUCUUCGCCUGUUGUCACUCAGAUCUCGGAUGGUCAGCCUCAGGCUUCGUCGCCGGUGGUUACUCAAAUCUCUGAUGGCCAGCCCCAGGCUUCUGCCCCUGUUGUCACCCAGAUUUCAGACGGCCAGCCCCAGGCUUCCGCUCCCGUCGUUACCCAAAUCUCAGACGGCCAGCCUCAAGCAUCUGCACCAGUCGUCACUCAGAUUUCCGAUGGACAGCCCCAAGCAUCUGCCCCUGUUGUAACUCAGAUCUCAGACGGCCAGCCCCAAGCAUCUGCUCCUGUUGUCACUCAAAUUUCCGACGGUCAGCCCCAGGCUUCCGCUCCAAGCAACUACACACCUACUACACCCCCACUACCCGAGUACACUGGUGCUGCUCCCACUGGCGCCGCCAGCAUCAGUGCCCUUGUCGCCGCCAUCUUUGUUCUCUUCGCCUUCUUGUAGGAGAAAAACAUACGCUCGUUCCAGCACUACAAAAAUGAUCUCAGGUUACGGCCGUUAUAACGACCAAUUAAUGUAGGACAGAAGUAGUGGAGGAUGAUCUUUCCUUUUUCCUUAACGACAUUCCUUAACGACUGUAUGCGUAUAUGACACGACCAUGUAGAUUCCUAAUGCAUAGGCGGCAUGGUGUUUGGCUCUUCAUUCACGAAAAAAGACUUUUUUUUAAUAUGUACUUAUGCAUUUCGAUGCGACGACCGACGAAC